AUGACGGUGACAGACAAGCCUCUGGAUGUCGUUGUUGUCGGCGCUGGAAUCGCCGGUCUCUCUGCGGCGAUUUCUCUUGGCAAACAAGGGCAUCGCGUCGUGGUUUUGGAAAAGUCGGCAUUCUUGAGAGAGGCCGGUGCUGCUAUUCAUCUGCCGCCGAAUUGUACGGCUGCGCUCCGCUGGAUGGGCAUUGAUCCUCUUGAUUUCGGAGGCACAUUGAUACAUGAGGUGCACAGAUAUGGAUAUAAGGGCGACUUGAAGUACAAAGGAGAGUUCGCGCAUGUACGCCAUCUCUGGCAAGCAGAAUUCUACCUCGUACACCGGGUGGAUCUACACAAUCAUCUCAAAAAACGCGCCCUGGAGACAGCAACGCUUCAUACCCAAUGCAAGAUCACCAACGUAGAUCUUGAGGGAGUGUGUCCUUCAGUAACCCUUGAGGAUGGUCGCAUCUUCAAGGCCGACCUGCUUCUAGGCGCAGAUGGGAUUCAUUCGCAGCUGCGCCAAAGUGUCGCUCCCGGUGCUCCAUCUCCGUAUGCUGUUGGAAAGUCCUGCUUCCGCUGGCUUUUGCCAACGGAGUCCUUGCGGCAGUACGAAAACACUGUAGACUUUGUCAAAGAUCCAGGGGUAUUUAUAGAAUGGGCAGCUGACGACCGACGGCUCGUGGCCUACCCAUGUUCUGACAACAAGGUGUUCAACCUGUGUGCAUUCAUGCCUUCCAAAGAGACCAAGACAGAUACUCAUAAUGGCGGCACCCAAGCAGCAGGAGACAAGACGACUAUUGUCAAUGCUUUUUCAGAGUUCUCUCCGGGCGUCAGAAGAAUAAUUGAUAGUGCGGAGGAUAACCUCAAAGUGUGGGAUUUGUAUGACAUGAAGCCGCUACCAACCUGGACUAAAGGCCACGCCGCACUUCUAGGAGAUGCAGCACACCCAUUCCAGCCAUAUAUGGGCCAAGGAGCAGCCAUGGCAAUUGAGGAUGCUGUGAGCAUUGCGACCUUGCUCCCACCGGGUACUGCGCCGGAAUCCAUCCCAUCGCGCCUCAAAAUGUACGAGACCUCUCGUCGAGCUCGAGUUGAGAUGGUCCUUCAUUACACGCGCUUGAACGGACGGGACGAAAACGACGCGUCUAGUGCCAGAAUCACGACUGAGGAAAUGCUGGAAGUUAUGGGGAUUUGCUUCACGCACAACGUUAUCGACCACUCCACACAGUUGCUGCAGGGCGAAUAG